AAAGCUUGACAAGGGAUGGGUGAACAAAGGAUAGAAGGCAGAAAUUGACUGUGUGGACUCUGGCAGCACUGCUGACCCAGCAGCUACUCGGGAGAGCAGGAUCCCUCCACAACUCUUGGCGCCUCCUCCUGAGACAGAUGGCCAUGGCCAAGAAGAGGAUUGCAGUCAUCGGUGGUGGAUCCAGUGGACUGUGCACCAUUAAAUGCUGUUUGGAUGAUGGGCUGGAGCCCACCUGCUUCGAGAGAAGUGAAGAUAUCGGGGGUCUCUGGAGGUUCAAGGAGAAUCCCGAAGAGGGCAGAGCCAGCAUCUACAAAUCUGUCAUCAUCAACACCUCCAAGGAGAUGAUGUGCUUCAGUGAUUUCCCCAUCCCGGAUGAUUUCCCCAACUACAUGCACAACUCCAAAAUCAUGAAGUAUUUCCGCAUGUACGCCGACCACUUCGACCUUCUGAAAUACAUUCGCUUCAAGACCACUGUGGUCAGUGUGACAAAGCGCCCGGAUUUCUCCUCCACGGGCCAAUGGGACAUUGUCACGGAGUCUGAGGGGAAGCAGGAGUCGGCCGUCUUUGAUGGGGUCAUGGUGUGCAGCGGCCAUCACACCAAUGCCCAUCUGCCACUGGACUCCUUCCCAGGGAUUGAAAAGUUCAAAGGCCGCUACUCCCACAGCCGGGAUUACAAGAACCCUCAGGAGUUCUCGGGGAAGAGAGUCAUUGUGAUCGGCAUUGGCAAUUCGGGAGGGGACCUGGCCGUGGAGCUCAGCCAUGAAGCUGAUCAGGUCUUCCUCAGCACCAGGCGUGGGGCGUGGGUGCUGAAUCGUGUUGCGGAGCAAGGGUACCCUGUGGACAUAGUGCUCUCCACCAGGUUUAAAGCCUUUUUCAAGCGGAUGUUGACUACAUCUAUGGUUAACCAAUUGGCAGAGAACAGAGUAAAUGCAAGAUUCAACCACGCACACUACGGUCUAAGGCCUCAGCACAGGAUUAUGAGCCAGCACCCAACCAUCAACGAUGACCUGCCAAACCGCAUCAUCUCUGGCAAAGUGCUGGUGAAACCGAACAUCAGGGAGUUCACUGAAACUGGUGCCAUCUUCGAAGAUGGCACCAGAGAGGAGGACAUUGAUGCAGUUUUCUUCGCUACAGGAUACAGCUUCUCUUUCCCCUUCCUCCAGGACUGUGUCAAAGUGGUCGAAAACCAGGUCUCCCUGUAUAAAUUCAUCUUCCCUCCUCACCUAGAGAAGCCAACUCUGGCUUUCAUUGGUCUCAUCCAGCCACUGGGGGCCAUCAUGCCCCUUGCAGAACUCCAGAGUCGCUUGGCCACACAAGUGUUCAAGGGGCUGAUCAGGUUGCCCACAGAAAGCGACAUGAUGGCCGAUAUUACACAGAAGAAAGAUGAAAUGUCAAAACGGUAUGUGAAAAGCCCGCGCCACACUAUCCAAGUGGAUUAUGUCGAAUACAUGGAUGAACUUGCCUGCCUGGCAGGAGUCAAGCCCAACCUGCUGUCUCUCUUCCUCACGGAUCCAAAGCUCGCCAUGGAGGUUUUCUUUGGCCCCUGCACGCCAUACCAGUACCGCCUGAGAGGGCCAGGGAAAUGGGAUGGAGCCAGGAAAGCCAUCCUGACUCAGAGAGAACGGAUCAUUAAACCUCUGAAAACCAGGGCAGUAGGAGAUUACACCCACCACACCUCAAUGCCCUAUUUAUUUAAGAUAGUUGGUGCCGUUGCUCUCUUUGCUAUAAUUUUCGCUUACUUUUAAAUGCUUGUUCUCUACAUAGGAAAAUGGGAUUAUGUAAAAUGUAAUUAUCUGGUUUCUGUUGGUUUCUAAUUUUCUCCCUGCAAGUUUAUCACACAUCCAGUGUAACCGUCCGUUACCACUCGUGUGUGGAGAAUUUCCCCCCUCUCAACUAUGGCUGCUGAUUAUUUUGUCUGCUGUCACUGUCUGCUGUUGUGUUAGAGAUCUUUGGUUCCAUUAAAUAUUCCUUAGGCUGCUA